AUGUUUAAAAGUAAGAAAAAGGCAGCGAAUGCGGCUCUAAAUGGUGAAGGUGCACGAGAGUUUGACACGCAGCAGUGUUGGGAAUGGCAAGAAGCAAUUAUUUCGAGCAGUGCGGAGAAACCGGCAACGGCCAAAGAUAUGACAUCUCCGCCCGUCGCGUCAAGCAACUUUAACGUCAACGCGACCAAUAAUGAUCGGGAAGCUGCAGGAGAUGACAAGCACCAGAGUCAAGCAGAGGAUGCAUUUGAUGAGAUAGAAUCUGCGAAAGCGCAAAAAUAUUCCUUAAGUCGCGAAAAGAACCCAUUAAUUCCAGAUCCUGCAUCUCAAGAGCACACGAACGAUGGUCACAACAGUACAUUUCCCACAACUAGGAAGUACAAUGGAAGAAAACUGAGACCAUUCUAUACCAACGGCAAUUUCCAGCACACUCGUGCUAAAUUGAGAGCAAUGGAAGGGGAGGAAUUUACUCAAAAGAGCAAUCUGUCUUUGACUCAAGAGAAUCCUGAUUCCCUUUACGAAGCUUUAGAUUUGCAAAAGUCGAGAGAGGAUGUUCAAGAAAGGAUUCCCGAAUUUUCCUCAAGCCCACCAAUUCCAACUAAAUGGGAAGUUCUAUCAGAGCAACAUUCAAAUGGCGUGUCUGGGGACCCGAUUUCAAUGAAUACAGGAUCGACUGCACAUACAUAUGAGGAGAACGACACAGGGCACAUAAAUUUUGAUGGCUUUCAGUCAACAUCGGCGCCAGAUGAAGGUCAUUUCGAGUCUCAAGACCCACCUGUUGCGGCCCCCACGAGAGAUCUUGUGCCAGAAGAUCCUUUCGAGCCUAAAACUCCAGCUCCGUCAGUCAACCCAUUCUCUGAUAAAGGUAGUGUCAUGAAGCAGCAUGAGCUCUUUGGCGCAACGCAACCAUCCUCGAUCGGGCGAUUAGGUGGCAGCCCUACUUCUUCUAGGCCAUCACCAGAUGCUUUUAAUGGCUUUCGUUCCUCGCAGGAUGUGGACGCUUCACCACUUGUUCGACGAUCGGAAGUUAUUGGUGACGCCGCCCAAAAUUAUGUGCGAUCUCUUCUACGGUCAAUGUCUACUGAGACUCCUGUUUCAGCAAGUCCUGCUCUGUUUUCUACAAGAGCCCAAUCUUUAAAUUCCGCCAUUCGAAAGCCUCUGUUGGUACGUGAACUUCAGGAUACAUAUAUAUCCAUGAAAGAGUCGCAAGAGAGAAGGAGGAAAUUGAAUGAACUCGAAGUAUAUUCUGGCUCGGAAUCGGAUUCCGACAUCGAGGCACUACCUAAGAAAUAUCAGAAGGUGGCGAGAGAGAAGAAGAGGAUGCGCGAGGAGGCACCUUUGAUUGAAAGAAGACCAAAUUCAUCCGGUAGACUGAGUUUGUCAAAAGAAGUCAAGCCGAUAUCCACUGCAUCUAGCAUGCACCCGAGAUCGACCAAACAUGAGCGCGAAUCCUCUCAAGUAACAUCAUCUCAAUCGCCACAAGCGUUAGGGUCAACCCCUACCGCCGUGGAGGUCCCUGCGAGUGGUCGACGCCGAAGUAUACAAGAGGAGUAUGUAGCCCAAUGUGAAGGUUUCGACGCACAAGACACUCAGCCAACGCAACAGGAUAUUAUUGCCGACUCUCAGGCUGCUCCAGUGUCAAGCAAUAUUCCUGCAAGCUCACCAGUGCCUGGAUCACAAAGCCGAACACUAGUCCUCAGCGACGUUGAAAAGAAUGGCCUAGAACCAAUAAGCCCAUCUCAAAGGCUACCAAAACAGAUGCAGCAACCUUCAAGCCAAGAAAAUCUGCACAGCAAAAAUAUCACCAGCGUGAAUGGAAUUCUGUGCAUGGAUUCUAAUAUACCUGCCCUUUCCGAUCAGGAAUUAACUACAUCGCCAAAUGAACCACCUUCCAGUCAGACUUUCAAAGCGCCCGUCCCUCAAAUGCAAGACAUGAUAUCCGAUGGUAUUGUAUCCACUGUCCCGGAAACUAGUCAAGCUACAGAUCGAUUGAAGCCUAUGGGCGAGAUCGCGGAAAUAUCGCUUAGUAUAGAAAACAAUGAUGAAUUUGAUGGAUUGCCAGGGUUCAAUGUGGAUGAAGAAUUCAACGAGAUUAUUGGUGUAUCCGAUGACCAUACCCUGAAAUCCCAACCUCAAUUUCAAGCACAGAUCGUUACCACACCUAGCCCGACUGAUGUCGUCCCCACCGGUUCUGCCGCUAUAUUUUCAUCAGGACUUUCAUCAGCACCUAGUACACUGGAGCCUCCUACUCCUAUUGCAAAUAAUACUGUCGCACCUGCAGCAAGAAGCGUUUCUGGGUUGAAAGUAAUUGAUCAGAACCCACCCGAGAAAGAGCAACAUACUGAAUUGCCUACCUCGGCUCCCGCAGUCCAGACUUCUCUCGGUGUCCUUGAAAAGCAUCCGUCACCGUUGGCCUCAACUGAACAUGACGAUGAGCUUUUUCAAAGAACUCCCACUGAAGAGCCACAACUUCCAUCAAUGAAAGGAAAACGAGAUAGCGUGCCUCAAAGCCCACCACGCAAAUCUUCUCGAAUAUCUAAGAGUCAUCCCAAAAAACCAAUUCAUCCAAAUCCAAAACCAAGGAUGGCUCGCAAUACAAGGCUUUCGAGUGUCUCGUCUACAGCUUCCAAUGCUCUGUCAUCCACCACUGAUAUCGGUCCGGCUUCUGCCUCACGGUUAAAUUCGACUUCUAGUACGAGUGGCCGUCCAAGAGGCAAUGGUGCUACCAAGGCUAAGGACACUGCAGAAGACACUCCUUUUUUGGCUACCAAACGGGGCCGCCCGCGUAGAUCUACCGCUCUUAAUGAGAGAGAAGUCACCAUGUCGGCACCGCCGUCAAAGAGGAAAUCGACACUACCGCCACACGAAGAUAGCGAAGAUCCGUUGGCGCUAUCGGCGUCUUCUCUAGGGAUGGAUGUGCAAAGCAAGAAGUCCACCUCUAGGUUGUUCAAUGACAUGGCUUUCGCUGUCUCGUAUGUCGGCGCAGAAAAGGACAAGCAAGCUGCCAGUCGUUUGAUCAAACAGCAUGGUGGCCGAAUAUUGGAUGAUGGAUUCGAAAUGUUAUUUACUUCUAUGAUUGUAUCAUCCAAGUCCCAUACUGAAGACAAUGAGAUCGGAGAGGCAGAGCUUGAGGUUGCUUCUUCGGAGGCAAAAGUUGGAUUUGUGGCAUUGAUUGCCGAUGAGCAUUCAAGAAGGACCAAGUACAUGCAAGCUUUGGCCCUUGGACUCCCUUGUAUCUCAGGACGAUGGAUUUCUGAUUGUGUCACCAAAGGCAUCAUCAUCGAUUGGUUACCAUAUCUUCUCUCGGCUGGGAGCUCUUCGUUUCUAGGUGGAGCUGUUAAAAGUCGAUAUCUACAUCCAUAUCCUGCCUCAGAAGCGAACUUAAAUGACACAUUUACUAGCAGGCCUAAGCUACUCCAAGGAAAGUCGAUCUUAAUAGUCACUGGAAAGGGAAAAGUGGGUGAAAAGAGAAAACCUUACAUAUUCUUGACUAGAGCUCUGGGCCCAACUCACUUGGGCCAAGCACAAGACCUGGCUCAAGCGAAGGAGAUGCUUUUAGAUGCAGAAAACAAAAAUGCCGAUUAUGAUUGGCUUUACGUGGAUGGUAAGCAAGAUGUGGAAGCUGCUGUAUUUGAAAGUCCACCGGCCAGCACUGCAGGAGGCUCCCGAAAGCGGAAACGGACAUCUAUAAAGGAGGACGAUGCUUCGGCGCCGCUGCCGAAGCGCAUCCGGGUGAUAAAUGAUGAGAUCAUCAUUCAAAGUCUGAUUUUGGGUCAGCUCAUCGAAGAGUGA